GCGUAAUGUGCUUCAUUUGUUGUCGACAAGUGAAUGUGUAUUGUUCUUGUUUCAAAGCCCAGCAGAAUGAGGCUUUUGGUUGUAAUUUCUUUCGCAGUCUGUCUGGUAACAGCAGACGUGUCAAAGGUCCAAGAUGUAAAGACCAAACAAGAAACAUCAUCAAAUGCCAUAUCCUCACUGCCUAAACAAGAACCACAAGAAUAUUACCAACAACAAGUAAGACAAUAUCGGCCAGUUCAUGUCCAAGCCCGACUUCAGAGUUUGGGACAAACCGGACAGUACGUAAAGAUCGUCCCAAAAUCUGUUUACGUAAAUCAACAACCAGCUAUGAUAAUUAUUGCACAUCCUGCCUUAGUGCCAGCUAAUCUACUAUACAACGCACAGGCACAUCAGCUUUUAAACUAUUUUCACAGUCAUCCACAAGCAAAGUACCAAUUUCUUCAUGGCAACAAUAAACCACAAUACUCUCAGCAAAAAUACACCUUACAACAAGUAGUUGCAACACAACCAAACUAUCAAGUAGUUGCUUCAAAUCAGUAUCAUCAAAGUGCGCCUUACUACCAUCAAACUUCAACUGGAUCACAAACUUAUUAUCAAAGUCAGCCGCAAUAUCAAAGCCAACAAAUCGUACCAACAUACCAUCAACAAUCACAAUCCCCACCUACCGCUGAGGGUUUAAAAUAUUCCGAUCUUUUAGGAUAUUCAGUUCCUUCAAAAUAUUACAGUACUCAAGUGAGAACUGAUUCAGUUCCUAUAAAAUAUUACAGUACUCAAGUAGGAACUGAUUCCGAUUCUUCAAAAUAUUACAGUUCUCAACGGGAAGCCACUACUGAUAGUUUAAAACACUCCCAACCAGGAAGCCAAUCGGAAACCCCCAAACAAUAUCCUACACAAUUAUCCCAGAUAGCACAAUACGCAGCUCAGCAAUACUUAAGUUACCCUUCUAAAUCUACGCCUGCAAUCAUAACGGGGUUUGAAAAUUUUUCCCCAGAACAACAGACUCAAAUAAGAAGCCAAUUGACUGCCCAUUUUGGUCAAAUUAACGACAUUUCACCAGGACAGUCAGCUCAAGUUCAAGUACCAACAAAAUCUCAGUAUUCGUCAAAGUAUCAACAGCAAACCCUUACUGAUUUUGAGCCUAGCCCUGAAAUUAAGGAAGAACCAAGCGCACCUGGUCUGGGCAGUAUAAAAUACGAAAAAAAUUAGAAGUUGGCAAACAGUUCCAACAUAUUUUAAGACUUGUACUAUAGUUGUAAUAUAUUUAUUUAAAGGGUAGUAUAGGCUUAAAAACUUGUUAUUUAUUGUUAA